UAGAGUUGAGGUCCUUGAGGACUCGGGAGAAGCACAUGAUCGCCGGCUCACUGCAGUUUUCUUCUCCAACUCGCCCACUCAUUCACACACUCCUUAAUGGUAAAACCCUAACAAAACCUCUCUCUCACACCAUAAUUUUUUCUGCAAAUAUGUUCUCCAGCAAAACUCUCCUGGAAACCCUAAUAAUAUCCUUGUAAAGCUCGAAACUUUUCGUUUGAAAUUGAGAGCGUUAAUGGCACUCCAACUGCAUAAGUUGUUGAAUUCUAAUUGCUUCCGCCGAAACCUGUCUGUGUCGUCUCUUCCACGCAUUAUGAACUACAUGAAAGGGAACGCAUCGUAUUCUACUGCAAAUCCUUGUUUCAAUGGUAAAUUGGGUCAACUUCAGUUAAUGAGCCCAAGAGAGGAAUGCAGGAUCGCUAACAAUCGAAUUAAGGAUUUAAGAUUCAAGGUUGGAUAUGAUCCUCAGUUCUUUAGAAGUUUUAGUACUGCUAGGCAUGAUGGAAAUUUAACCAAUUUUCCGAUUCAAUCUCAUUUAAGUGUAGGAAUUCCGAAAUCGCGAACAGUAGGAAGUAGUUUUAGGUUGGAUGUAUUAUUUUAUGAAGGUAAUGGAAGAAGGCUUUUUUCAGCAAAGCCGUCGAACCAAAAACCUAAGGUUCCAAGUGCAUUAGUGAAUAAAAAUGAGAAUGCCUUUGUGGGAGGAGAAUCUAGUCGUAAAGCUUUUUAUGCACCUCGGAAGCGGACAAGGACUCUGGGUGUUUGUAGUAGCACUGGCGGUGAUGGAGGAAAGCAGGUUGCAGUUGAGAAGCAGUUUGCAGAAGGAAAAGAUUCUAAUAAUCUGGUUGCACAAACUGGGGGCACGUUGAAACCGGCUGAUAAGGUUACUAUAGGCGUCAAGAAGGGCGUAGACGAGUCAUCCAUCUUAACAGAAGCUAAGGUUAAUGGUAAUGACCAUAAAGGGAAGGCUCUAGCUAAUAAGAAGCAUAAGUCAGGAAAAAAAGGGCACGUUCAAGAUGAUACUAGCACCAAUGUCCUAACUGCUGCAACCAAAGCUGGAGAUUUCAAAGAAGUUAUCGUACCAGAGAAUGCUAACGUCUCUGUGGGAGAUAGAGGGGAGUCGUCCCGCAAAUCUUUUUAUGCACGUCGGAAGCGGGCCAAGAUGUUGGCUAUUCGUAGUAGCAGUGGUGAUGGAGGAAACCAGGUUGCAGUUGAAAAGAAGGUUGUAGGAAAAGAAGUUGCUGAAAGUAACAAAAAAGUUGCACAAGCUGUGGACACGUUGAAGCCCACAGAAGUUCGCGUAGGAGAUAAGAUGGAUGCACAACAGUCAUCCAUCUCAACAGAAGCUAAGGUUAAUAGUUACGACCAUAAAAAAAAUACUCCAGCUAAAAAGAAGCGUAACUCAAGAAAUAAAGAGCAGAUUCAAAAUGAGAAUGACACCAAAGUCCUAUCUGGUGCAACCAAAGCCGCAGAUUCUACAGGAGUUACACUACUCGAGAAGAAACCUAAUAUCGACACACAUAGCCGGCACUCUCAAACUUCAAAUUCUGUUACAGUGUGUGGGAAACAGUUGCCAGCAGUUGAUUCUCCAGGUUCGGAACAUCAACAAUCCGAGAAGAAGAAAACUAUUUUUUCUGAAAAGAAAAGAGCACCCAAGAAGGAUCUGACAAGUAAAAAUUCAGAUAAAGUCUCAUUGCAACAAAGCAACAGUGUUCCAGGAAAACUAGAACCUCCAAUUAAAAAACUGAGCACAUUAUAUCCUCCCACUGGGAAAUCUGUUGUGGUGGUGGAGUCUCUCAAAAAAGCGAAGAUUGUCCAAGGUUAUCUUGGUGAUCUGUUUGAAGUCUUGUCUAGUAAUGGCCAUGUGAGAAUGUUGGCCAGAUGGGCAGGAGCAGUGAGGCCUGAUGACGAUUUCAGUAUGGUAUGGGGGGUUCCAGAUGCUGCUUGGACUCAGGUUAAGAGUAUGAAAGUUGCAUUAAAUGGAGCGAAAAAUCUUAUUCUUGCAUCUGAUCCUAGUUGUGAAGGAGAGGCUAUUGCUUGGCACCUUACUGAGAUGUUGCAGCAGCAAGAUGCAUUGCAUGACAAUAUUACUAUAGCUAGGGUUGUCUUUAAUGAAUUAACUGAGUCUUCUGUCAAAGCUGCUCUGCAGUCUCCAAGAGACAUAAACAUGGACUUGGUUCAUUCUUAUCUUUCAAGAAGAGCUCUUGACUAUUUGAUUGCAUAUAACUUGACACCGUUAUUAGAUAAGAAACUACCUGGUUGUCUGUCUGCUGGACGAGUUGAGCAUACAGCUCUGUCUCUUCUAUGUGACGCAGAAACGCAAAUUGAAGAGUUUAAGCCACGGGAGUACUGGACUGUAGAAGUAGAGUUCAGCAAUAAAAUUGUGGAUUCUUUGAAGAAAAACUUCUCUAUUAAAUCUCAUUUGAUUAAUGCUAGAUCAAAACAGUUAGAACAGCUCUCUACAAAAGCUACUGAUAUUCAGAAAAAGAUUACGUCAUCCUCUUUUAAAGUGGUGGGAUGUAAGAGGACAAAAACACAAAAAAAUCCUCCUAUGCCAUAUAUAACAUCAACUCUUCAGCAGGAUGCGGCGAAUAAAUUGCAGUUUAGUGCCUCAACUACAAUGAUGCUGGCUAAAGGGCUUUAUGAGGGAGUAAAGAUAGCAGAUAAGGAGUCUGUAGGCUUGAUAACAUACAUGCAAACUGACGAUCUGCACGUCCCUGAUGCAGCUGCAGAAGACGUACACUCCUUGGUGUUAGAAAGGUAUGGGAAAAAAUUUGCAUCGAAGGGCGCUCGUAAAUACUGUACAAAGCUCAAGAAUGCUCAAGAGGUACACGAAGCUAUCAGGCCCACUGACAUACGAAGGUUACCAUCAUUGUUAGCUGGAGUAUUGGAUGAAGAUUCCUUGAAACUCUAUACUCUUAUUUGGUUGAGAACAAUGGCAUGCCAGAUGGAACCAGCCCUGAUUGAUCAGAUACAAGUUGAUAUCGGUGCUGUUGGCGAGUCUACAUUGCUUCAAUCUACAUGCUCAAACAUUGAGUUUCUUGGGUACCAACCAGCUUAUAAGGAUGCGGAAGCUGCUUCAAUUGCAAAUGGCAUGGUAGAAGUCGAUGCUUGCAAAGAAACUUUUAAGUUUUUGUGUGCACUAAAGUCAGGGGAUCCUUUCUAUCCUGGUAAGGUGGAAUUGAAACAGCACUUUACUGAACCUCCUCUGCGUUAUACUGAGGGUUCGCUGAUUGAAAAGCUGGAAAAGCUUGGGGUUGGAAGACCAUCUACAUACGCCACCACAAUCAAAGCUUUACAGGAAAGAAAAUAUUUGACGGUAAAGAAUCGAGAAUUAUAUCCAGAGUUUCGUGCUCGAAUGGUAUCUCAAUUUCUCUCUCACUUCUUCUCUGAGGUGAAUGAUUAUAGUUUUACAGCUAAUACGGAGAAUGAGCUCGAUAAAGUAUCUGCGGGGUUGUCUGAGUGGAAAGCACUCAUGAAAGAUUAUUGGACACGCUUUAGCAAGUAUUGCAGUCGUGCUGGUAAUGCGAGCUCGCGGCAGAUCGAAACUGUUAUGGAGAAAGCAUUUCCCGAUUUCUUGUUUGGUUCACUUCCUGGAAAGAGCAGGACAUGCCCUAGGUGUAAAGAAGGCAAUCUGAUUUUCAGAAUUACAGGGUCUGCUGCAGGUUACUUCGUCGGUUGCGAUAAGCACCCGAAAUGCAAGUACGUUAACCCUAUACUUCGGGAUGGAGAAGAAGAAGAGGUCGAAGAACAUCCUGAUGACGAAGAAUUGUUUGAUGAACCAACAGUAAUAGGCAUGCAUCCUGGUUCUGAUGAAAAGAUUUAUUUGAAGACUGGUCCUUAUGGAGGCUAUGUACAGCUUGGCGAUGAUAGGAAGGGAUUUACACCGAAAAGAGCUCCUCUUGGCAAGAUGGAUCCUAAAUCGAUAACGUUAGAGCAUGCUCUUGACUUACUGAGCUAUCCUAAAACACUGGGUAAUCAUCCGGAUGAUGAUAAACCAGUAUUCCUAAGGACUGCUCCUAAAGGAUACGCCAUUAGGCAUCGUCGAACAACUGCUCCUGUACCGAAGAACAUGGAUCCAAAAAAAGUAACUUUAGAAGAUGCAUUGAAGUAUUUAUCGGGUAAAGGCGCAAGGCAUGCUGGGCGCCCUAAGAAUAAACCAAAGGCUGAAAUCUACGAGGCGUGAUAAAUGAUGUGAAGCCUCCUUUAUUUAGUGGUAUAGUAUAAUAGAAAGUGCCGAUUCAGUUUACUGUAGAUUUUGUUGAGCUACUGGCAAUCUGUGUUGGUGUUUUCCUUAUAAUUUGUUGAGGUGAUCCAGUAAUGUUGGAUUGCCCUCUCUAUUCUUUGUAAAAUAAUUCAAUCUGUAAUAAUUUUUUGUUAGUUCUGGUUUUGGUUUAUUUUCA